UCACUCGUCAACAUGGCGGACUGGAAUAGAGGUCAUGGCUCGGUGGACGACAUGCUGGAUGCUGAAAACAAACGGCUGGCUGAUAACCUGGCAACCAAAGUCUCCAGACUGAAAUCUCUGGCAUACGAAAUCGACAGAGAAGCUGAUGAUCAGAACGAGUAUCUGGACGGCAUGGACUCAAACUUCUUAAGUGCAACGGGACUGCUGAGCGGCAGUGUAAAGCGUUUCUCCACCAUGGUCCGAUCCGGCAGGGACAACCGCCGGAUCCUCUGCUACGUCUCUAUUGGCUUGGUCAUAGUCUUCUUCCUGCUUUACUACAUGGUCUCCAGGAUUCAACGCUGACAGUAAAACUAAGAUCAGCCAGGAGCUGACCCACAUUUUAUAGGCUAAAAUCAUCUCUGUGGCUCUCCUGUACAGGAAAAACUUUUUAUUCUGCACCAAAGUAAGAAAAAAAACAGGAAGUAGACAGAGAGCUUUUUUUUUUUUUUAAAUCGUUGAACUGACCAGCAGGGGGUGCUGGCGAGCUCGCAGGGGAAACUGUGGCAGGCAUGGUCAUAUCAAAGAUGGUGGAGUCUAUUUAAAAAAAAAAACAAACAAAAAAACAUGCCUGGACUUUGUGAAUUUUCAACCCUGCACCAAACUUGUCCCUGUGUGCUGCAGCCAGGAAGUCCUAAUGUGGGCGAAGAGAAGGUGGAGCCUAAACAUAGCUCAGGUGGGAGAGACGCCCACCACAAAUAAGCAUCUGUGUCUUGGGUCCAGACUAUACAACAAUCUAAAAGUCUAGUGUUGAGGAUUUAGUGGCAUGUAGCAGUGAGGUUGCAGAAAUGACACAUUUCCUUCAUGUAGGAGAACUACGGGAGAAAACAUGAAUGGCCCUAUGUAGAGCCAGUGGCCCUUAUAGACACCAUAUGGCCACUGCAAAGUCCCUUCUUCAUGGCACAUGUUUAACAUGUUUACUCAAAACCAAAUGACAGUGGCAUCAUGGCGCUCUAGUAUGUUAUUUUAGACAGUGUGCUGGCAUUGUGGAAUCAAAAGAGGCAUGACAUGUUACACAACAGCAUCCGCCUCUAGUGUGACAUAUAACAUACACAUUGCCAGCGCUGUAUACACAACAACGAAGGCAUAACAUGUCAAUAACAAUCACUUACCGUCUCUGGUACAUGGUGGCUGAUCUCGUUCCUCUGCUCGGAGGAUUAUGAGCUCCUGAAUCUCAUUGGGCCUCAUUCACCAACCAUUCUGCAGAAAAAAAUUCCUCUUAAAACCCACUAAUGCAGUUUUUACAAAGAUUCUGAUGUUCACAAAUGUUUUUGGUAUUUGGGAUUUGUUCUUGGAUCGGACUCUUAUGCACAUUUUGUGCUGACAUAUCUGUGAAGAAUGAACUCACGCCUAAAAAUUAAUCAAACCCUCACUCCCAUGCUGUGACACAGACACUGUUUUAGCCUGUUUUUUAGCCCUGUCACUACCUCCCUUGGUGACUUAAAGGCGAGGCAACUCUCUCCUCCCUUUCUGCGAUCAUACCUUUUACACACAACGGCAAGGCUGUGUUGUGGUGUAAUAUUCCUGCCUUGAAAGGCGGUUUAAAGGUGGCUUUUGUUUCAGGCGAUUACACACUAAUGAGAACAUAGUUAUGAGUAUUACACACUGGACCUUUAAAAUAAGUUUUUUCUCACCAAUCUGACCUAUUCUGACCCUGCAGCAAAAGUGACAAAACUACUCAGAAUUGUAUGUUAUUGACGAAAAAACACGAGAGAAUGACUCAUCGUGAAAUCAUCGUCAAAGUUUGAUUGACGUCAGCUAGCAUAUUUCAUUUUUUCCCAUCAGUAUGAAACACAAAAGACUUUAAAGGUCUUUGUAUCAAAACAGCUUCCCCCAAAAAUGUGACAAUUCAUAUAUAACUUUCUAUAGUGUGGAAUUAAGGCACAGCAGCUGAGAGCAGGAAGUGACUCAGCUGUCUGCUGCUGCCGGGUCGUCAGUGCACCAGUCGAUGCCACCGUGUGUUGAAGGAAUUUUUUUUUCACCUUAAAAUUUUGGCAAGCAUUUGUGCCAGCUGAUAGUUCUUGUUAGCAUUUGGUCAAUUUUUUUUAUUGUGAUCAACAGGAGACAAGGCUACAGGCAAAUACUCACACAGCAUACUGUAACGUGAUUUUAUUUUAUUUUUAAACUUUAAAACAUCAA